GUCGGCGGGCAAUCUAUGGGGCUGAAACAUCAGUGAUGGAUGCGCAUGUAGGCGGAAGGGUUCCUACAAACAGCGCAGAGUGAGUGGUUUGGUAGCGGCUGCAGCAGGAGGAAGGACGGUGGUUCUACCCCUAGUAUCUUUCAGUUUAGCCAGAAAAUUAUAUCGGUGGGCCCAUUUUGAUAACAAUUGAUGAUUUGAGUAUUAGACCAAGGUAUUAUUAGAGAUAUAUUUUGAAGAAUUUCCCUCCGGACAGAGACGGGAACCGCCAUUUUAAUCGAGUAUAACACGUUUUCGGUGACGGCAGCGCUAGCACAACACAAUGGCUCUGAAAAGAAUUCACAAGGUAAGAAGGAAGUCAACGACAAGGCCCAAUGUUUCGCAGUUACAAUAAAUAAACGAUAUAUUUGAAUGUUGUCUUGUAGAUGUCACCUGAAUGAUGUCGGUAUUACAUGUUGUGGGUUUAAAAGCUUGUUAUCCACGGAGGUACGGCUAAUGCUGGGCUGACGGCGUGAACCAAUGCGCCUCGUUCGGCGUUCGAUCAACAUUUUGGGCCUCCACCUUUUACUACCAGCCUGCCAACUAACGUUAGCUAACUAACUUGGCUAGUCAUUUUGUUAUCUUUAUCCAGAGGAGAUCAGUUUAUUUUACAUCUUUAAUAUCGUAUAAUCCAAAACAACUGGUUUACAUAAUAGUCGUUAGCUAGCAAACGGCUUCUUUAGUUUGCUAGCUAGCUAACUAGUACCAUGGCUAAUGCAGUCGGCUACUAGUUAGCUUGCUAGUUAGUAACUAGCCAGCUAAAUAUAUGUAUUUACACAUUUACACAAAUUCACUAAUCACUUAGCUAGCUACCUAAUUAGGUGCUAGCUUGUUAGGUUACGGAUGGCAUAUUUUGCCCUAACUAUCUAAAACAGUUUUCUAGCCUUCCACUCCGUUGUAAUUUGACAUAUUAGUGUCAAAUUGGGCCCCUACGAGUAACGGUAACAAACUGUCCAGAUAACAAGAUGAGUUAUACAUUUUUUCUCAUGUCAGCUAACUACAUAAUGGAGCUAGCUAGCAAACCAGUAAGUUGGAUGUUACCUAGAUGUAUCACGAGAUGGGCCUUUUUUUGGGGGACAUGUUAUUGUCUUCACUCAUAAUAGUAAUCGAGCCAGAAAGCGUGGCAGUUAGCUAACAUUUGGGCAUUGUUAACCAGCUAAAGCUACGGAUUCAUUACUUUUGGUAGUCAUGUUGACAAAAGAUAGCUAGCCGUGUAGGUCCCAGGCAAUCCCAGUAGUAGCUUCCAUGACGUUGACUUAACUCAUAUCAUGGUUAUGAUCUCAGGUUGUCACUUGGGAAAUAUUUUUUUUGUUAUGUAACUUUUAGUGAGUUCAUUUUCGAUUACCAAAGCUCAGUAGAAUGAAACUUUGUGAGAUCAGGCAGUUAAAUCUAACAAUGUUUUACAGUUUUUAGGUGAACUCCUGUUACCUGUUUUGUAUCUGUUGUAAACUCUGAUGUCACAUUACUAGUGAAGACAUGAUUUGUAGAGACAGCGAGGUGUGUUAGGGCCAGUAACCAAAGGGUCGCUGGUUCGAAUCCCUGAGCCGACUAGGCUGAAGAAUCUGUUGAUAAAGGCACUUAACCCUAAUUGCUCCUGUAAGUUGCGCUGGAGCCUCUGCUAAAUGACUGAAAUGUAACGGUAUUGAACAGUCCAAUUUGGAUUGUUCAAUAGAUUAAUAGAAUGUGAUUGACAUGAUGAGCAUUUGGCUGCCCUUUUGCAGACAAGUACAUUCAACUAGUAUUGCCAUUGCUAACCACUUAUAUUCUCCUCUCAGGAGUUGAAUGACUUGGCACGGGACCCACCAGCCCAGUGUUCUGCAGGACCAGUAGGAGAUGACAGUAAGUAGUUCCUCAUCAGGCAACCCAACAAUACAUGUCAGUUAUUGCUUUUGUUCUGACAUCCUGUUCAACAUUUUAGGCUUCCUCAGCUUUCCACAUGAUUUGUAACAAACAAGUAGGUUAGAUGCAGAUAAUCCAUAAUUUUUCUGAAAUGUGUUGAGUCUGGUUUAUCAGGAAAAUCUCUCAACCAACCAGAACCACAGAGUAUCUGGACUGCUUAUCUCAAAAUGAUUACCUUGGUGCCACAUUACGUUUGUUCUAGAAUCUACAGGCUCAGUGAAAUGCCUUCCCUUUAAAUCAGUUUCACUUUUGGUAUUGGGUCAGGUACCAGGAAGUCUGUGCUAACUUACCUAUGGUUCCAGUAAGGCAGGUGACGUAAGACGUCCGUCAUACAGGAGCAGCAUGUCGCUCUGUAACUGCCUUACCAUACCUGACCUAACCUGGACACCAUUGAUACUAGAUUAUGUUAUUAAUUGAUUGGUCGGAUUGCAAAUGUUCCCCUGUAUCUUACAAAUUACCCCCCAAAAACAUUUUUUUUACAGUGAGAUUUAUUUAGCUUAUUGUGUGGAAUGAACACCCAGUUUGUGAACAUGACCACUGCAACCCCUUCUAUCAAGCAUACACGAGAGCAUCAUUGAACAUACUUCUGAUGUUCUGAAGUCCCUCUUGUAGGCAAAUGUCUAAGAUUACAUAGUGAUUCAAAGCCAUUAACAAACUGAGUGAUUCACCUAGACUAGUGUCAAAUGCCAUCUGAUAUCUGUCAAAUUGCUGCUAAAUGUCUUCUCAUGGAAUACAGUGAUGAAACAAAUUGGCUUAUCGUACCAGUCUUGUCUCUAGAAAACUAAGUGAUUCCCCUGUUUUGUCUGCCUGCUUGAGAAUCACUAGCUCUCAACCACUCUCCGGCAACCAUCUGAUCUGGUAUAUACUGCCCUGUGCUCUCUGUGAUGUGCACAGCUAGACUAGUUGUUGUUUUGAAAGGAAAAUGUGACGAAUUUGAGCUUUGUCACCCUUGUCCACAAAUUGUUUUGGGCUUAUAACAUCCCAGAUAGGCUAGAGUAGCAACCUGGGUCUUCCCAAGAAAAUGGUUGUCUAAUGGUCCUAAAAACUCUGUUCUCUUAUUCCUUAUAGAUUUGAACAAAUGUCUGCAUUAUGCCUCAGGGUGGUAUUGGUGCCUUUGUUUAAAAUGUUCUGAAGUUCUAGUUAGUUCUCUUUUAGUUGAGAGCUUUGCAUUCAGUCUUAUCUUUAGAUGGCAUUCGGCCACUCCCCUGAGUUUUUAGGAUGGAUUACGUCAGCAAUAUAACAUUUGCUUGAAUUCAAAUAUCCAUUUGCUUAACUACUGCACUGACAUCAUGAUAUUACAUCAAUCCAUUUUUAUACUGCUGGAAUGGUAUUCUAAAUCUUAUAGAAUGAAUAUCCAGCCCCAUUCUGGACUUUGCCUCAGCCUGACUUCAUAGCAUUCAUACUCACACUCUCGCUACAUCUGACUGACUACAUCUGACUGACUACACCUGACGGUUUCACUUCUCUGUUUUUCAGUGUUUCACUGGCAAGCCACGAUAAUGGGACCUGUAAGUACUGUGACGACAAUCCCUCUACCAUAAAUAUUAGCUUAUAUUAUUUUCUAUAGGACAGUGUUUCUCACUGUGAUUAAAUGAUACUAAAGACCGGUGAAGCUCUGCUAAGGUUGACUUGAUACCAAUAGUGCUGAAUCUUCUACUCUCUCUAACAGAACGACAGUCCUUAUCAGGGUGGGGUAUUCUUCCUGACCAUUCACUUUCCCACAGACUACCCCUUCAAACCGCCAAAGGUGAGCCAGAAAUGUGUGUGUGACACUGAAGUGACAUCCACUUAUCAUAGUUACUCAUACACACCUGCACACACAUGCAUUUGUUUCUGCAUGUUUUCUCUGUGAUGGCCGUGACAUGUUUUCUCUGUGAUGGCCGUGACAUGUUUUCUCUGUGAUGCUCCUUUUCUGUACCUGUCAUCUAUUUUAGUUAUUUCUUCCUCAAUUCAACCACGUCUGUUCUGUUUGUUUCUCUGUGUGUGCAGGUUGCGUUUACCACAAGAAUCUACCACCCAAAUAUCAACAGCAACGGCAGCAUCUGUCUCGACAUCCUGCGAUCACAGUGGUCUCCCGCCCUCACCAUCUCCAAAGGUACAUAGUAGAAUACACCGUACAAUAGAGUAGAGGGAAGAUGUGAAUAAAACCGUUUGUUUUUAUGUCACUGUAAGACCUUAAAAUAUGAAUAUGUCUUCUUUGCUGUUUGUUUUGUAACCUGUCUGUUGGGGUACCUGAGUGACUGACUGAACUUCCUCCUGUUUUUCUGUUGUUUUGUCACAGUAACUGCCUAACUCAUUUAUGUUCAGCUCUCCUUACCUUAGUCCUUAGCCGAACCAUAAACAUUGAACCUUGAUGUCUUCCCUUAGUUCUCCUGUCAAUCUGCUCUCUGCUGUGCGACCCAAACCCGGACGACCCCUUAGUACCGGAGAUCGCCCGCAUCUACAAGACGGACAGGGAAAAGUGAGUAACUAACUAAAGCUCUUGCUUCAGAGGAUGGUGUACUAUAGGAGGGCAUAAAACCUCUUGAGUCCAUGUGGUUAAACAUAGGAUUAUUUUGUUAGAUCCUUUGGAUAAUCCUCUGGGUAUAUGUCUGUAUGCUACAACUGUUGAAUGUGUUUGCGUAUCCACAUAUAUACUGAACAGAAAUAUAAACGCAACAAUUUUGAAGAUUUUACUGAGUUACAGUUCAUGUAAGGAAAUAAGUCAAUCAAAAUAAAUUCAUUAGGCCCUAAUCUAUGGAUUUCACACGAAUGGGUAUACAGUUAGCAUCUGUUGGUCACAGAUACCUUAAAAAAAAAAAAAAGUAGGGGCGUGGAUCAGAACCAGUCGGUGUCUGGUGUGACCACCAUUUGCCUCAUGCAGCGAGACACAUCUCCUUCGUAUAGAGUUGAUUGUGGAAUGUUGUCCCACUCCUCUUCAAUGGCUGUGCGAAGUUGCUGGAUAUUGGCGGGAACUGGAACAUGCUGUCGUACACGUCGAUCCAGAGCAUCCCAAACAUGCUCAAUGGGUGACAUGUCUGGUGUGUGUAUGCAGGCCAUGGAAGAACUGGGAAAUGUUCAGCUUCCAGGAAUUGUUUACAGAUCCUUGCGACAUGGGGUUGUGCAUUAUCAUGCUGAAACAUGAGGUGAUGGCAGCGGAUGAAUGGCACGACAAUGGGCCUCAGGAUCUCGUCACGGUAUCUCUGUGCAUUCGAAUUGCCAUCGAUAAAAUGCAAUUGUUUUCGUUGUCCGUAGCUUAUGCCUGCCCAUACCAUAACCCUACCGCCACCAUAGGGCACUCUAUUAACGUCGCCAUACACAUGGUCUGCGGUUGUGAGGUCGGUUGAAUGUCCUGCCAGAUUCUCUAAAACGAUGUUGAAGGUGACUUAUGGUAGAGAAAUGAACAUUCCAUUCUCUGGCAACAGCUCUGGUGGACAUUCCUGCAGUCAGCAUGCCAAUUGCACGCUCCCUCAAAACUUGAGACAUCUGUGGAAUUGUGUUGUGACACAACUGCACAUUUUAGUGGCCUUUUAUUGUCCCCAGCACAAGGUGCACCUGUAAUGAUCAUGCUGUUUAAUCAGCUUCUUGAUAUGCCACACGUGUCAGCUGGAUGGAUUAUCUUGGCAAAGGAGAUAUGCUCACUAACAAGGACGUAAACUAAUUUGUGCACAAUUUGAGAGAAUAAAGUUUUUUUUGCGUAUGGAACAUUUCUGGGAUCUUUUAUUUCAGCUCAUGAAACAUGGGACCAACACUUUACAUGUUGCGUUUUAUAUUUUUGUUCAAGGUAUUAAUCUGGACACUUACUGUAUUCAUGAACAAGAAACUAACUCUCUUUUUCUCUUUGCUUCCAGGUACAACAGAAUAGCUCGGGAAUGGACACAAAAGUAUGCAAUGUAGUGUUGGAGUAGAAUCAUGGCAAAACCACCUCUACAGCCAAGGUUAGGGGAGCUUUGAAAGUAAAGAGAGAAAAGUUACAACGGAUCUUGUUGGUUUCCAUUGGAGUGCUUUCUUUGAGCCAUGCCUCCCCUUAACCAGAGCACCUGUAAACUCCCUCUUUCCUGUCCUUACCCCUUUACGACCAAUCCUCCGCCUCUCCACCCCACUUAACCUGGCAGCCAUGGUGUACAUAUUCUCAAACUGCAAUCGUACCCCCCCCCCCCCCCCCCCCCCCUUGCGCUCCUCUCACCCCCACCCCGCACUCCCCUCCUUAUUCCUGAUCAUAUUUCUGAUGCAGGCUGGGCUACUCCUCUAAACCCCUGAUGUUCCCCAUAGGGCCCUGCCUGCACCCUCACUCCAAAUGUUCUUGACUCUAAAAGCAUUCCUUAUCUGUAUGACUAGGGG